CUGGCUGUGGGGAGAGGAGACGCUCUCUCAGCUGCGCAGCGCUGGCGGUUUGGGUCGGGGCGAGAGGGGGGAUCUCAGCACUUCUCCUGUGCCCUUGGGCUCCCUGACAGAGCGCCGGGAUGGGGGAGCAGAAUUCGGAUACAGAGCCGAAGCAGCAGCCGGCCAGUAAGAAUGGGAAGAAGUCUGAGGGCGGGGCUGGUGGCUCCUUCUUCACGUGGUUCAUCGUUCUGGCGCUGCUGGGAGUCUGGACCUCGGUGGCCGUGGUUUGGUUCGACCUAGUUGACUAUGAGAGUGUUGUCGGAAAACUGGGCUCCUACGAUGCGGAUGGCGAUGGCGACUUCGACCUGGAGGACGCCAAAGUGCUGCUAGGCCCUAACAAAGUUGCUGGUAACUGGAAUAUGCAUUCCUUCGGGGAUGUCCUUGGUUCUUUGUCAGAGCAGGCCACUGAUGGCUUCCUUGGCUUCUUCACCUUUGUCUAUGACAUACUGACUCCCUUUGAGAUCGAGGAAGAGGAGUGCAAACCCUCGGUGGAUGUUCCUGUGUCGGAUAAGCCGCCGGCGCGAGUCCCGAGAAAAGCGAAGCCCAAAGCAGAAGAGCAUGCAGUGAGGAAAAAAGUUAGGCGCACAGAUGAGGAGCCAGGAGAAGUCUCUAGGAAAGAGCGAACCAGAGACAGCCCGAUUAACAGAGAUGCCGCGGGGAAGCUGAAGGAGGCCCUGAAACGGCAUCUUGCCCUGAUCCACGAGCGGGUGGAGGCCAAGAAGAUCGCCAGGCUGGCGCUGGCCGAGGUGCGCAGCGCCAUCGUCAAGGAGGAGGAGGCUCGGCACGCUGACCGGGGGCUGGAGAAGAAGGUAGAGGCGGCGGCCACCAAGGCCAGGGAGAGGAGCGAGGAGAAGCUGAGGAAGGCCGUGGAGAAGAUGGAGCGGGAGGAGGAUGAGCGGGCGGAGAGGGAGAGGCUGCUCCUGAGCCGGAACCGGAACCAGAACCCGAGCCAGAAGCUGAACCAGAGCCCGAACCAGAACCCGAGCCGGAACCAGAGCCAGAGCCAGUGGUGGAGGAGCCUCCUGCAGCCAGAGGUGGAGGAGGUGAUUGAGGCCGUGGACGAAGAGGUUGUGGAGGAAGUUGUGGAGGAGGAAGUAGCCGCCCCUGUUGAGGAGGAAGUAGCCGCCCCUGUUGAGGAGGAAGUAGCCGCCCCUGUUGAGGAGGAAGUAGCCGCCCCUGUUGAGGAGGAAGUUGCUGCCCCUGUGGAGGAGGAAGUUGCCCCUGUGGAGGAGGAAGUUGCCCCUGUGGAGGAGGAAGUUUCCCCUGUGGAGGAGGAAGUUGCUGCCCCCGUUGAGGAAGAAGUUGCCGCCCCUGUUGAAGAGGAGGUAGCCGCUGUUGAAGAGGAAGUAGCCGCUCCUGUCGAGGAGGAAGUUGCCGCCCCUGUGGAGGAGGAAGUAGCUGCUGUUGAAGAGGAAGUAGCUGCUGUUGAAGAGGAAGUUGCUGCCCCAGUCGAAGAGGAAGUUGCCACUCCCGUUGAAGAGGAAGUUGCCGCCCCAGUCGAAGAGGAAGUUGCCGCCCCAGUCGAAGAGGAAGUUGCCGCCCCAGUCGAAGAGGAAGUAGCCGCUCCAGUCGAAGAGGAAGUAGCCGCCCCCGUUGAAGAGGAAGUAGCUGCCCCCGUUGAAGAGGAAGUAGCUGCCCCAGUUGAAGAGGAAGUAGCUGCUCCAGUUGAAGAGGAGGUGGUGGAGGAGGCUAGUCCGGCAGAGGAGGUUGCAGAGGAAGAAGCUGUUGAAGAAGAAGCUGUUGAAGAAGAAGCUGUUGAAGAAGAAGCUGUUGAAGAAGAAGCUGUUGAAGAAGAAGCUGAAGCAGAGGCAGUAGAAGCAGAGCAGGAGGAAGCUGCACCAGCUGAAGAAGAAGUACCUGUAGAGGAAGCAGUUCUUCAGGAGGAGGCAGCAGCAGAAGAAUCAGCGGCAUCUGAAGAGCAGGCGGAGACAGAGGCAGAAUCAUCAGAAGCACUUGCUGAGACAGAGCAGCAACUUCAGGAAGAGCCCACAGAUACGUAAAGCUUGUGCACCCAAAACGGGGAGAUCACGAGGACCGCCCCUGCCCCCCCCCAUCCCCGUCCCCGCCCUCCUCCAACAACAUUCCACUGAAAGGGAGCAGCUGGUUAAUCCCACCGCAGAGCCACACAGAACCCAAACUCACGGAGCGCACCCUGACGCGGCUCCGCGGCAAACCGAGGAGCCGAAACCGUCAAACCCCGUCUGCGUGACCUCCGCCUGACCUCCGUCUCACUCUCAGCCUUUCCCCCCCAAAACACUCGACCAUCAGUUAACUCUUUCAGUUCCCCUGUCCUUCUGUGAAGUAUGGUAAACUUCUCAUUUCCUCCGAUUUAUUAUUUUUUUCCUUUGCCCUCCUGUUUCUUUUACCUCUGAUUUUCUGUGAUGGAAGAAAAAAAAAUGGAAAUGAUUUUAAAGGUCUUAGGGUAGAAUCUUGUGUGAAGGUAGUGUGUAGUUGUAAUCAUGUAACGUUUUGAAUCUCCUCUCGGAUCCGUUUCUGUUGGACUGUUAGAUGCAAGGGUAGUUCUGUUUUUAGUUCUUACUGCCAAGCAGGGAGAACAGAGGUAUGCCUCACCCUGUUGGUCACAUGAUCUUCGCCUCGCACCCAAGGGGU